AUGUACCAAGAUAUUGUCAGCCUUUCUCCUGAAGAGGCUUUUAAGCGUCUUAGAGAAGGUAAUUCCGGACCGAAGCCUUCAGCCGAGUGGCUGGCAAAGAAGAAAGCGUUGAGAAAAGCGUGGCUCACUUCUCAGCCUGAGACUACGACGACAACAGCUACACCGCCUGACCACUCCUCCAUAUUUAUCUUCGCUGUACUCGGAAUUUUUGCUUUGGCCACGAUCAUCGCGCUACUGCCCACGCCCGGAGCACACGAGGAGCACCCUAGCCACUGGAUACCUGGAGACCGAGGACCGAUCAGGGACGCAUGGGACGAUGACACCAAGGACCGCUUCGCUAGCCUGAGCCUCUCGAGGAUGCUCCCGAUGGGGGCGAAGCCCAGAUCAUCUGUUAGAGAGACGCGAGUGGAUUCAGAGGAUGGACUCCCUGUUUCUGCUGAGCCAGGACUGACUCAUGACAUUCAUGAACCUCACACGUCGGUGUGGCCAAAAGCCUGCAAUCAAGUGACUGGGAGUAAUAAGAAAGAGUCUCCUGAUUCCGGAGGAAACCCUGGUGCGGUAGCGCCAGGAAGGACGGGGUUGCAGGAGUCAUCUACGCUAUCGAAACGCAAAAGGACUAGGAUGAUGAUCUGUGCUUAUAACGCACGUACGCUUGCAUCGGAAGCGGCCAUCGAAUAUCUGAUGAUGCAAGCCAAGAAGAUAAGCACGACGUCAAAGGACUGA